AUGGACUUCUCCAAGUUCCUAGCUGACGACUUUGACGUGAAGGAGUGGAUCAAUGCAGCCUUCAGAGCUGGCCCCAAGGAGGCGGCGGCCGGGAAGGCGGACGGCCACGCGGCUACCCUGGUGAUGAAACUUCAGCUGUUCAUCCAGGAAGUGAACCAUGCAGUGGAGGAAACCAGUCACCAAGCUCUUCAGAACAUGCCCAAAGUUCUCCGUGAUGUCGAAGCCCUUAAGCAAGAAGCAUCUUUUCUGAAAGACCAAAUGAUUCUCAUCAAGGAGGACAUUAAAAAAUUUGAACAGGAUACAGCUCAAUCGAUGCAGGUAUUGGUGGAAAUCGACCAGGUGAAGUCCAGAAUGCAGCUUGCUGCAGAAUCUCUUCAAGAAGCAGACAAGUGGAGCACACUGAGUGCUGAUAUUGAGGAGACAUUUAAGACUCAGGACAUAGCUGUGAUUUCUGCCAAGCUAACAGAGAUGCAGAUCAGUUUAAUGAUGCUUGUUGACACUCCAGACUACUCAGAGAAAUGUGUGCACUUGGAGGCAUUGAAGAACAGGCUGGAGGCUAUAUGCAGCCCCCAGAUCGUAGCAGCAUUCAACUCUCAGGCUGUCGAUCAAGCCAAAAUGUUUAUGAAAAUCUUUACUGAAAUUGACCGGAUGCCUCAACUUCUUGCAUACUACUAUAAGUGUCACAAGGUGCAGCUCUUAGCAACCUGGCAAGAGUUGUGCCAGAGUGACCUCCCCCUGGACCGACAGUUCACUGGACUCUACGAUGCUUUGCUUGGUGCUUGGCACAUGCAAAUUCAUUGGGCUACCCAGGUGUUCAAGAACCCCCACGAGGUGGUGACGGUGCUGCUGAUUCAGACCCUGGGGUCGCUGGUGCCCUCGCUGCCCAUCUGCCUGGACUCUGCUUUGGAGAGGGCAGGGCCCGAGAUGGAGCUCACCAAACUGCUUGAGUUCUAUGAUACCACCACUCAGUUUGCCAAGGGCUUGGAGCUGGCGCUGCUCUCCCACCCACAUCAGCACAACCUGGUGAAAGUGACGGAACUGGUGGAUGCUGUGUAUGGUCCGUACAAACCUUACCAGCUCAAGUAUGGUGACAUGGAAGAGCGCUACCUCCUCAUCCAGAUCAGUGCAGUGCCCUUGGAACACGGGGAAGUGAUCGACUGCGUCCAAGAGUUGAGCCAUUCUGUGAGCAAGCUCUUUGGUCUGGCAUCCUCAGCCAUUGACAGAUGCGUCAGCUUCACCAAUGGUUUGGGGACUUGUGGCCUGCUGACAGCCCUGAAGUCUCUCUUUGCCAAGUAUGUGUCGGAUUUCACCAAUACUCUCCAGUCAAUACGAAAGAAAUGCAAGCUGGACGAUAUUCCUACCAGCUCCCUUUUUCAGGAAGAUUGGACAGCUUUCCAGAACUCUAUUAGGAUAAUAACCACCUGUGGAGAGCUUCUGCGGCAGUGUGGAGACUUGGAGCAGCAGCUAGCAAACAGAAUUUUGUCCACUGCUGGGAAGUAUCUCUCCGACUCCUACUGCCCACGGAGCCUGGCCGGUCUGCAGGAGGGUAUCUUGACAGAUAAGAAGAGCGCUGCCAGGAAUCCGUGGCAAGAAUAUAAUUACUUUCAGAAAGAGAACCCUGUGGAAUAUGCCAGUUUAAUGGAAAUACUUUAUACCCUCAAGGAAAAGGGGACCAGUAAUCAUAACCUGCUGUCUGUGGCUCGAACAGCCCUCACUCGGCUUAACCAGCAGGCCCACCAGUUGGCUUUUGACUCUGUGUUCCUGCGUAUCAAACAACAGCUGUUACUUGUUUCCAAAAUGGACAGCUGGAAUGCAGUCAGCGUGGGAGAGCCUCUGGCUGAAGACCUGCCCACCUUCAGCCUCACUCCUCUUGAGUACAUCAGCAAUAUUGGCCAGUACAUCAUGUCCCUUCCCUUAAAUCUGGAGCCAUUUGUGACUCAGGAGGACUCUGCCCUGGAGUUAGCGUUGCAUGCUGGAAAGCUCCCGUUUCCUCCUGAGCAAGGUGACGAGCUGCCCGAGCUGGACAACAUGGCUGAUAACUGGCUAGGCUCCAUCGCCAGAGCCACGAUGCAGACCUACUGUGACGUGAUCCUCCAGAUACCCGAGCUGACCCCCCAUUCCACCAAGCAGCUGGCCACGGACAUUGACUACCUGACCAAUGUGAUGGACGCCCUGGGUCUGCAGCCAUCCCGUACUCUCCAGAACAUCGUGACGCUCUUGAAGACUAAGCCCGAGGACUACAGACAGGCCACCAAAAGCCUUCCCCGCCGCCUGGCCGCCACAGUAGCUGCCAUGAGGGGUGUGGCCUACUGA